CUAUCAGUACAAACACUUGUAAGUGACUGCAUGUCUAGUCUUGGAUGAUGACUACUACUCUCCAAAAAUAUAUUCAAUCGCUGGAUCCCAAAACUCUUCCCAGGGUCCUGCAAAUACAAUCUGGAUUUUAUGAUGGCGGUCCGACUUGUGAAUUUUCUGGAAAUGAAUGUUCCCUUUCAACAGGAGAUGUAAUUAAAAUCACUGGGAUAAAAAUCCAAAAAGUCUUAGCCCGUGUUUAUAAUUGGAAUGAGUAUGACAUGAUGCCUACAGUGGAACUGUCUCUUGAUUUUCCAGGCUUGUUUACAGUUGUUGUUGAUACAAACCCUUAUUACUCCAUUGAGGAAAUUGUACAGACACAACUCACUGGAAGCAAUCAGUUUACUCAUCUCUGCUUCUAUAGCCAAUCAAGCAUACAUGUUGGAGAUAUCACCAUAGACAAAGGCAAGAAAAUCAUGCUUAACUCUGUAGAAAAAGUAAACGGGGUCGUGUCUGUAAAGUGUGAAGUUAUAAUAGAGGAAGAACACCACUCAUUUAUGUUACCACUGUCCUAUACUGGAGAAUUUUAUGAGUGCCCGGACAAAAGGAUUUACACACUCCAAGAGAUACUGGACUGGAAAAUGACAAAGAACAGAAUGAGGACUGUUCUUCUUUCAGAGAUUAUGGUAGUCUCUGAUAUAGAAAAUGUUUACUACAGUAAUAUUGUGAAACGAAUGAUGGUUCUGAGUCCUGUUUAUGAUGUACACGCACUGAUGCAAUAUGGAGAUGUUUUAAACCUCCUGUCAGAUCUCGAUGUGGAAGUAUUGGAUAUUACUCAACACAUUAAUAUGAAUUUCUUCUCUCAAGUAUUAACAACUCAGAAUAUAUUUGAAAAAACUACUGAUGAAUUUCCAUUUACUGUAGAAAUUAUGGAAGGCCCAUUAAAAAAUUGCAAAGCAUACAAAUUGUUACGAUGUGGUAAAAGGAUCAUUGUGCACAGAAAAUAUCAAGCAGAAAGAAUUAUUGCUUCAGAGAUAAGAAGUGAUACAAAGAAGAGACACUUUCUAAUUCCAUCUAACUACAAGGGAAAGUUUAAAAGACGGCCACGCUUCUUCCCAACUGUCUAUGACUUAAAAAUUGUCAAGAGAGAGAUGAUUGAACUUCAAGUUGUGGCAACAAAGUCAUUUACUUCAUUUCAUAAAGAACUGUCCUCACUCUCUGUUGGAGACCAGUUGUGGGUGAAGCAGUUCCAGACUUGUGAAAUCACAUACGGAGGGGAACAAAUAGUUGUAGAUACAAUGCAAUGUACAAAAACACAAGGUGAAAUCCCUGUGGAAAUUACUCUUCCAUUGUAUGUGGAAGGUGGCUUUAUAGAGCUUGUACAUGAUGACAAACAAUACUACCUAUCAGAACUUUGCAAACAUUUUCAAUUACCAUUGAAUGUUAAGGUGUCAGUUCGGGAUUUGUUUACUGUGGGUAGUGAUAUUUUAGCAAAAACCUCAGCAUUAAAGCUGGAAGAACAAAUCACAGACUCUUACCUUCUUGUUAGUUUAUGUGACAAUCCUGAAGAAGUUUGGGAACUUCCAGUGUUCCGGCUAAAUCUGACUUUUCGGCUGAUUAGUGGUUUUGAUGGCAAAGUAUUUUCCUUACCAACAAAAACCAAUACAGAAGAAAUAAAUGAACAAGAAUAUUAUAUGGUGAGACGUUAUGAAAGCCAUGUUCAUUUGCCACCACCGCGUCCUCCAAAAACUCUUUUAUAUGUAAAUGAAUCCGAGGCAACAAUAACACAUAAGGAAUGCUUCACUGAAGAUCCUCCACAAAUACAGUGUACCCAGGAUGCAUCAACCUUUACACAGAUACUCUCAGAAUCUAAAAAUACCGGAAAGAGAUCACAGUUACAAGGCAGUAGUGAUGGAGAGACUUUGCAGGUGUGCAAUGAGAAAGACACAAAUAGGACAAUCAGGAACACCAAAGAGAAAGAAACGAAACUUUCCAGUAACUCUUUUAACCGAAAAACCAUCUCCCGUGGCAAUCUACAAAGCCCUACAUCUGUAUCGAUCUCUAUACCUAAGUACGAUAAACGCUUCAAAGGCCCUUCUGUCUUUUCCUUUGCAAUGAGAACUCCCUUUAUUGAGAAAAGGGUCUGA